AUGGCUAGAGCAUUAGCUGUUAAUGAUACCAAUCCUGCUGAUCAAAUUUUAAGACCUAAGUCAGAGGCCUUUCUUUAUAAACUAGACGAUAUGGAGUUUAAGGAUGUUAUCAAAAUUAAUAAACAACAGUAUGAGAACUGGACCAACUUCCCUGAUUUAUUGGUUUGCAUAGUAGGCAUAGACGAUGAGCAACAACUGGAAAAUUAUUUCGAGUUAUUAAUGUCAUGGGCAAAGCUCGUCAAGAAUAAAUCUAAAAAGAUCAUUUUUAUUAUGAAUAAUUCCAAAUUUUUAGAGAAAAGCAUGAUGAAAACUAGAAUGGUGUAUGUUUUAAAGGUUAAAUUCACUGAAUUAUGGAAAGAAUAUGACGGAAAAAAUUAUUGUCAUGAAAAUAAAGUUGGAUAUAAUGAUUCUGAUAUAUUUGAUAAUGCAGUUUCAAAAGCUGUAAACGAGGCCAUGAAAAAUAUUAAAGCAAAAGAAGAAACUAGUGUGACAUCACCUUCAUCCAUUGAAGAGGAGUUUAUGAAAGUUGCAUCAAUUAUAAAAUUACAAGGAGUGACCUCUGUGUCUUCUGUAGAUAAUCAAGGCAAUACUCCAUUGCAUUUGGCAGCCGGAAAAGGACAAAACAAAAUUGUCAAAGCUUUACUAGUUUGUGAUGCUGAAAAGGAGUCAGAAAAUAAGGACGGUUGUACACCUCUUCAUUUAGCAGUUAAUGAGGGUCAUCAUGAAGUAAUUAGCACAUUGCUUGAAAACAAUGCUAAUGUAAAUGCAAUUAACAGUGUUGGUCGAACUCCACUCCAUAUGGCAUGCUGCACAAAAAAUCCCCGUUCAGUUGAACUUCUUUUGAAAUUUGGUGCUAACAUUGAAACAAAAGAUAAUUAUGGUCAUACACCUCUUCAUUUUGCAUCUUCCUUACGUGGUGGUAGUAACGUAGCAGUUACCACAUUGUUGGCACAUGGAAGUAAUAUAAAUGCCCAGGAUAAUAAAGGACAAACACCAUUGCACCAUGCUAUAGAAUACAGUAAUAAACAAGGAAUUGAAAUUCUUUUAGAAAAUGGUGCAGACCCAAAUCUAAAAAAUAAUUCGAAACAAAAUGCUAUUGAUUAUGCUAAUCAAUAUUAUAUACAUUCAAUUCCGUUAUUUGAAAAGCAUGCUGCUUCAGUCAAGUAA